AGCACCCGUCAACUUGAUUGCGUUCCAGCACGACGCGCAUCGGACCGGGUCUUCAAGCUUCAAGUAUCGUCAUCACUAGUCUACGCAGACACGGCGCAGGAUAUCGGAAUGGCGUCUGUAUCAAGCGCCACUGCCAAUCUAAAGAACGUUUUAAUCGUGGGAUUUGGAUCUGUUGGCGCAAUAUAUUCGUAUAUUCUCAAGAAUAGCGGACAUGCUCAUGUUACAGCCGUUGCGCGAAGCAACUAUGAGACUGUAUGCGCGGAGGGACUGCACAUUCGAAGCCAGAAGUAUGGCGAUAUCACGUCCUGGCGGCCAGAUCGAAUUGUAAAGUCAGUUGCCGAUGCGGCUGAUCGCCCCUACUCGUACGUUAUCCUCUGCACGAAGGCAAUACCAGAGCUGGCGACCACGCCUCAGGUGCUUGCACCUCUACUCUCGCCAUUGUAUGUGAGCCAUCACGAGCAGCCUGUCUACGUCCUGCUGCAAAACGGCCUGGGCGUUGAGCGGGACUUGUACCAUAGCGUCAAGGCGCUGGGAAAGGGAGAGCCGCGAAUCCUGAGUACUGUGGUAUGGAUUGGAACCAACUUAAAGGGGAACGUUGUCGAACACAAUAACUUUGACAGAGUUACAUUGGGUGUAUACCGGCACGAUGACCACCUCACCACAACGAACAAACCAUCUGAGAAAGCGUUGCUGGAUGACUUCGGCAGCAUGCUGGAGAAGGGCGGCACGACACUGACAAUUGUGCCCGAAAUACAGCGCAUGAAGUUCGCCAAGAACCUCUGGAACGUGGCUUUCUCAUCGCUCUCCACGCUCACGGACUCGCCUUUGACAGCCAUCUUCCGUCCUGCCCCGAGAGCGGACAGCGCAUUGCGAUACGAACCGUACGUCACACCAGUGACGGCUGAUAAGGUCCAGGAACAUACACUAGCUUCGUUGAAAGGGACACUGGGGGAGCUGAUAGCACUGGGACGCGCCAUGGGCUACCCAGAUAAUCCAGAGGGACUCCCUUCAACCUUGAUUAACAGUACCAUCGAGAACACUGGCAAGCAGCACCAAGACCCGAACCAUACGUAUCUCCCCAGCAUGUUGCUCGACGUACGAACGAAUAAGCCAAUAGAAGUGGAGGUCAUCUUUGGUGAGAUCGUGAGGAUGGCGCGGAGAUGGGAUGUUCCUGUACCGAGAAUCGAAACACUGUAUGGGUUACUCACCGUGGUGCAGAACCAAAUAUUAGGAGGCCUGAGACAAGGCCAAAGGCAGUAAUAGGCGCUACUACAGCACAUUCUCGAGUAGCCAUGCAGCUAAUAAUAGCAUUCAAUAACACUAGAUUUAGU